GUGCGAACUAAAGUACUUUAUUUAAAGACAACAUUUUGGCGACUGUGUAAAAACACCAAAAAGAAGAAAAUGUCGAAUUCGAGUGACAAAACCCUAGAAGAUGAAAAGGUGCAGCAGCAGCAAUUGGAAUCGGAUGACAAAAUCUCAAACACGAACCAACGAACAGAGCCAUCUCAGGAAUGGGAGACAAUGGCUCGAGCUUGGGUCUCCGCUUUCCCCGACGCCAAAGCCGUUGUAAGCGCCGGCGAAGUCGAGACUUGGAUCGGCACCAACUUAGAUUCCUUACCGGCGGAUCUCCGUCACAUGCCUCGCUCCGAGAUUGUAGAUCGUCUCCUCUCAAUCCAACAUUACAUGAGACCAACACCAUCAUCUGAUCAAAACGAGCAAAAUGUGGAAGCAGAUCAACAACAUCCAGCUCGAUUUCAGAGGACUGAUCAAUGGUUACCAGUGUAUUCGUGGUUAGAGUCAUUGGAUAAUGGAGAGUUGGUGAAAUCUAAGGAUAUUUCUGAAUGGCUUGAUGCGAAUCCUGAGGUUAAACAAGAACUUUCUUCUAGGCAUUCUCGUUAUCAUUUGACUCAUUAUGUCAAGAAAUGUCAUCUCAAGAUUCUUAAAAGGAAGGAGAAGAAGGGAUUAAUCCGGCUGAGCAGAGCUACUGCAAUGGAAGUUCACAAAGAGUUUGGCGAGAAACACCAUGCUACGCUUUCGGCUGAUCCCAUGAGCAACAUACCGAAAGACAGUGACCUCUACCGCACAAAACAGAAAGAAGCUAAGCGCAGAUUUGAGAUCUUGGUUGAGCUCGAGAAGAGACUGGCUCCGCAUUUUGCAAAGCCUCGCAUAGGAAACAGAUGAAGAACUUAGCUACCAGAAGCUGGCGUUUAGAUGAUCUCUGUAAGUAUGUUCUCUGCUUUGGUGCUGUAGAACUGUUUGUGAAAUUGUAAGGUCAUGUAGCUGUAUCCAAAUAUUAGAUGGAGUCUAGUUUGGUGAUGUAAUUUGUAAUCUUUUCCAAUAUCAACAAUAAUAUUUUAUCGAAAAGGAAACCAAAUCCAGCAUUAUGUAGAGAGAGAGACACUCUUCAACAAUAUUUGCCUUUCUUACCACAAUAUUCAGUAGAGAGAUUAAGUGGUUUUGUUUGUUUUCUUCGUUUUACAUUGGAUAUUGCACUCAGCCUAAAAAAAUCAAAAAGACACUCUUUCAUUUUUUUUUUCUUUUUGAGAAGGAAAUAACCUU